CUCUCAUUUUGUCUAUGGUCCGCGUCUUUCUCGCAACGAACUUGCGUUGCGAGAGAAACCUUUCAUAAAGUUUUUGGGUCAUUUUGAUCCUUUUUAAUGGCUGCGGUAUUACGCGGUUGAAUGUGAAAUUGGGUUCAAAUAUGAGUGAUUAUUCUUCUAUGGCUACGCUUCAAAACAAUAGCCAAACGGCGGGAUUUGCGGCUGCUGUACAACGUGCUAGAUUGGUUGCUGCUAAGCUCGAAGGAGGUGGAAGCAAGAGGCCAUUGGAGGAGGGUCCAGAACCGAAUGCGAAGAAAUUAGCUUCAGUUGAAGUACCGUAUCAACAACAACAACCACCAAUGAGUGAUAUGUUCAGUGCACCAACCGCCGCCCCGGCCGCGAGCCGGUCGGCGCCGGCCGCCGCGGCCGCCCCGCCGCCGCCCCCCAGCGCUCCGGCCAGUCUUAUGCCGGAUCAGACGCUCAACGAAUACAUACGGGUCCCCGAUAAGAUGGUUGGGCUUAUUAUCGGCCGCGGUGGUGAGCAGAUCACGCGCCUACAAGCCGAGUCUGGCUGCAAGAUACAAAUGGCGCCCGACUCCGGCGGUCAGCCCGAUAGGUUGUGCACCCUCACCGGAUCUAGGGAGGCUAUACAGAGAGCCAAGGAGCUCGUGAACCAAAUAGUAAACCACCGCGGUCGAGAGAACGCGCCGCAGCACCCUGAGGGACAGGGCUCCGGCGGCGGCGGCGGCAUGCCCCCCAUGCCACGAGGCGGCGGCGGAGCACUCGCUGGCAACCUACCAAUCGGACGCGCGGAUUGGGUGCAAAAUUGUGACCAGGAUGAAAUAAUGCUGCCAGGGCCUAAAGUGGGGCUCAUCAUUGGCAAGAACGGCAAAACUAUUAAACAGCUCCAAGAGCAGUCAGGAGCCAAAAUGGUGGUUAUUCAAGAAGGACCCAAUACAGAAUAUGAGAAGCCGCUCCGCAUAUCAGGCGACCCAGCCAAAGUUGAGCACGCCAAACAGCUGGUCUACGAGCUGCUGGCCGACAAGGACAUGCAGCAAGGCGGGGGCCAGCGACAGCCGCAGUACGACGACUCGUACCCGGGACACGAUCAGGGCAACGGACUCGCUACUAAUGCCACUGAGGUGCUAGUACCGAAAGUAGCGGUAGGCAUCGUCAUCGGACGCGGCGGCGACAUGAUCAAGAAGAUCCAAGCGGAGACAGGGUGCAGGGUUCAGUUCCACCAGGAACGAGACGAUGGACCCGGAGACAAAAGAUGUUACCUACAAGGCAAGCCGCAUCAAGUUGACCAAGCCAGACAAAUGAUUGAAGAUCUCAUCUCUAGUGUAAAUAGACGCGAACAAGAGGUGCGGUCAGGACGCGGACGCGGCGGCUCCACGCAGCGCAACGGCGAGCGCGGCGCCGGCGACUACUCGCAGUGGCAGGACUCGCACGACAUCCGCGUCACCUUCACCGUCUCCAACGUCAAGUGCGGCCUCAUCAUCGGCAGGGGUGGUGAAGUAAUUAAACAAAUAAACGCGGCAUCGGGUGCUCACUGCGAGCUGGACCGCCGCGCGCAGGGCUCCGACCGCAACAACCGCACCUUCUACAUACGCGGACAUCCCGACGCCGUCGAACACUGCAAGAGGAUCAUUAUGGAGAAAGUCGGCAUGCCCGUAAACUUCAUCCAAGAGGGCGGUAACGGCGGUAAUGGCGGCAACGGUAACGGUAACGGCGUGGGCGGCGCGGGCGGCGAGUACUACGGCGGCGGCGCGGCCGGCCCGCCCGCCUGGGGGUACAACCCGCACUGGCACCAGCCCGCGCAGCCGCAGGCACCACAGCAACAAGUCCAAAUAAACCCGGCGACCGGUCAGCCGGACUACUCGCAGCAAUGGAUCGACUACUACCGCUCGCUCGGGCUGAUGCGCGAGGCCGAGGCCAUUGAGCAGCAAGCCAAGCAGCAGCAGCAAGGUAUGGAUGGUGGCGGCGGCGGCGGCGGCACCCCGCCGGCGAGCUCGGGCCCGGCGGCAGGCCCGGGCGCCGCCCCCGCGCCCCCGGCCGGCGGCUCGCAGCCCGACUACAGCGCGCAGUGGGCCGAGUACUACCGCAGCAUCGGCAAGCUCAAGGAGGCCGAGGCUAUCGAGGCGCAGAUCAAACUUAAGUCAAGCGGCGGCGGCGGCGGCGGCGGCAGCGGCGGCAGCUCGACGCCGGGCGCGGGCGCGGCGGGGGCUGGCGGCGCGGGCUCGCAGUACGCGCAGUACGGCGUGUACGCGCCGCAGGUGUACCCCGGCUACCAGCCCUACCCCUACCCCGCGCAGCCCAACAGCGACCACCACCAGCAAUAGGCCAGCGCCGACGGAGGGCCAGGAGAGCUGCCGCCGCCUGACACCCCCGUUGUAAAUUCUAACGAAAUAGUUUAUUACUCGGAAAAUGAACGCAUCAUACAACUUCUGCAGCGCCUAGCUACUGAUGACCCACAAUAAAUAACUCAGCCGGCGGGGUUUAGAUCUGAGUCAACCUCUAGUGCACCCAGCCCUCAAUUCAGAUAUUAUAACCAUGAUUCGAUCUGAUUUAUUUUUACCACUUUAAUUGUUAUUUAUUACUGUAAAUAAAUGGAAAGACUCGGCACGAUGUUGACGUCACUCACAUCUAAAUUCACGUAAUCAUGAACAAACAUACUUAGGCACAUAUCACAUAUUUAUUUCUUGUGGGUAACUAACACAUGAAUAUUGUCAACAUAACGUACGGUUGGCGCCAAAUGACUUGGUAUCUGAACUUAUCCAUUUGACUAUAAGCGCAUUUGUUUGUACAGAACUUUAUAGAAGCAUUGUCCGAACUAAAACGUAGAACAAAACGCAUAUGCGUGGAGCGUCAAAUGGCUAAUUUCAGGAACGCAACGUUAUUUAGCGCGAGCUCUAUUAAUGAUUCUGAUUGAUGAGAUUAUUUUUUAUGAUCAUUUUAUUAUUUAAAAACUUACGAACGGCUGUGUGGUUUAUUCUUUUAACUGUGUUAUAUCAUGUCCUAUUUAUACUGAAAUGUUAUGAUUGUUUAUGUGCCAAUAUUGAUCAUUUGACAUGCCAGUCUGUCCAGGUAUAAGUUAGAAAGCCACACUGCCUUAAAAGAUGUAACAGAAUGAUCCGACCUACCACGGAGCUAUAGAGAGAAUGAACGCAAAGCGGACUACACGCCGCGAGGAGUCGAGGUAAAUGCACUGUGCUGAGUGACUAGUUGACACGCAUACUGUCCUAUGAACACAUGUGUAAUCCACGUGAAUUUGGAGAUCGCACUUUUAUUUUUCCAAUAUGAAUCAGUUAGCAAUCAUGAGAGAACUCCCAAUUCAUGUACGAACUAUGUUUAGCAUAAGUUAGGUUAUAGAGUUUGGCGCCACAUCUCUCUUGACAGCUCGUAGGUUGCGCUGGUAUCAGAUGUACGGUUAUAAAGCCUCGGUUUAAUUACGUGUUAGUCUAUGUGAGAAAUAAAUGAGAAAAAGGUAAUGUAAUACUAUCUACAUUCCUAUCGACACUGUUCAAUUAUGGUUCGACGCGGUAAUGACGCUCGACAGGCACCGAGGGCGCGAGCCCCCCCUUCAGACUUGUAUUAAUUUUUAAGCAUAUAAAGUGUAUAUUGAUUCACUA